AUGGGGCUUCGGGAUAUCACCCUCAUUUCUUCUCCACUCCUUCAGAUUCUACAGAGGUUAGAGAUGUCCCUGACCAUGCUCAAAGAUGCAGAGCUUCAGAAAUUGGGAGAUCCAGCAAAACAGAAAGAUGAGGCACUUGAUAUCAUAAACUCAAUCUAUGAUAAUUCAGUUGCACUAAGCAACAUCUCAUUGCAAUUGGAAACCAUUGGAAAGCUUGUUAGAUCUGCAUCUUCUGAACAAAUGGUCCAAAUGGGUGAAAUUGAAAAGGCAGGGGAAUCAGAUAAGGACCCACUUCUUCCUGUUCAUACUCAUCAUGAGAUUGUACAGUCCAAGCCUGGAAAAGAACAAGUGUCAGCCAUGGACACCAAGAUCAAUGAAGGAUCAACUUCUGAAGUUGCUAACAGCUUUAACAAUCUACCUCAACAUCUAAAGAGACGUGUUAUCUACACUUGCAUUCUAUUUCUUGAAGAUUAUGAAUUUGAGGAGGAUACAUUGAUCCAAUUGUCACCUACUGUCAUUGAAAAUUAUGAGCCAACAUACAGAGUUCAUAAGGAUGUCUAUGAGGUAAUAAAACAAUGUUGUCCAGAUCAUGAAUAUGCUAUAUUAAUGGAGGAAGGUGAACCAAAUAACAUGUCUCCAGUGACUCUGCAUUCUACGUUGCUGCUUGGUGACAAAAUUUUCUACUUGGAUAUGAAAAUAUUUGAAAGGUUUUAUGAAGCAGAGUUGUUGCGCACUCUUAAAUUGCAGAAUGAGUGUGGAAGCCCCAUCAACCAUGUUUCUCACAAUUGCUUUGUGAAAUUGAGAUUCUUACGAGUGUUGGGUUUGAGUUCUACAGAAAUCAAGGAUUUGCCAACCUCUGUUUGCAACUUGAGACAUUUACGGUACAUUGAUGUCUCCAACACCCGAAUCAAAAAGUUACCAGAGUCAGUGAGUAAACUCUGUAAUCUAGAAACAUUGAAGCUUAGAGAUUGCUCAGACCCUGUUGCAUUACCCAAAGAAAUGAGUACACUUAUUAAUCUUCAACAUCUUGAUCUGGAUGGAACGCAUCAAUUGACUUCCAUGCCUCCAAGAAUGGGGAAAUUAACUAAUUUACAAAAACUGAGCAAAUUCAUUGUGGGAAGCGCAGAAGGAUUUCGAAUUGAAGAGCUGAAAUGCAUGAAGAAGCUUAGAGGAUCAAUUUGCAUAGCAAAGAUGGAGAAUGUUACCGAAGAUCAGGCUAAUGAAUUUAAAUUAAAUUAUAAGGUUGCAAUUCAAAAACAGGAGUUCCAAUGGAGUUCUUCUUCACAGACUACAGGUAUGGUGCUGAGAGCUUUCCAAACUGGUUAUCCUGGAACGGUUUCUACGGACUUCAAGUUAUCCACCUAA